AUGAAACAGCAUUCCAGCCUCAGCCAGCAGCACAUUCUGCUUCACGAUUUUGGCGACCACAAGCGUCUCGUGCGGUUCGGUGCAAAGCUUGGGAAUUCACUUUUCCCGCAAUUGCAUAAAGGAUGGGAACGAACAGGUCACUUGAACUGCGUCAAGUUACUCUCCACUUUCUCUCAUUUCCACGAAUCCUCGACGCACAAGAAUUUAGUCGGUGCAAUGGGCCAGUCUUGCUUGCCCUAUUCAUUAGCAGUAAUUGCACUUCUGAUCGACACGAUGGCCAGCGGAUCCACCAGACGCGGGUUCGGUUCACUAAAUGGUCGUCUGGAAGGCCUGGCAAAAGGCGUGGCCUGA